AUGCUUCGAAUGGCGGGGCCGAUAGAAACAGCCAUCAAACGCAAGCUUACGAGCGAAUUUUCACCAAAGCACCUUGCUAUCGCCAACGACUCGCACAAACACGCACACCAUGCGGGUAUUCGCGGCGCUACCAACACCACUGAGUCGCAUUUCCGCAUAACCAUCGUGAGCGACAAGUUUGCCGGAGUGCCGCUGCCGGCGCGCCACCGGCUGGUGUACAAAGCGCUGGACCACGAGCUACAGAAUGAGGGCGUCCACGCACUGCAGCUGAAGACCAAAACUGAGCCAGAAUGGGAGCGAGAACAAAACAAAUGA